AUGGCCGAGCCAAGUGCGGCUGUGCAGCCAACACCUGCUUUGGUACCUCCAACAGCAGUUAUUCCAGUUCGGAAGCCCCGAGACUUUGAUCGUGAGGAAGUUGUGAGCGUUCGGGGGAGAGAGGGGGACGCUAUAAAUUCAUGGAAAAAUAUCAUGAGUCAGCGGACAAAGGCGGGUAGUAUAGAUGCAAAUGAAGAAUACUAUGGAUACGGUAAAUCAUCACCAAUUGAAGGUGGAGGGGAUAAAGAUUAUAGAACCAGAAAUGGUGACUCGGCUGAUAAGGAUUACCGUUGGGGAGUCAUCCGUGAGGAAGGACUUCAUCGUGGAGUUGGGCAAGAUUUAGUCAAUGAGUAUGGUGAUAGUGACUACCGCAGUUCGUCUCCACGUCUUGACCGAAGGCGUCGGCGUUCACCAAGUCCACCUUUUGCUUCUAAACGAUGUCGAGGUCACUCUCCGCCCUACCGAGGUGGUUUUCGUGGUCGAGGGUUCCGUGGAGGGCACUUCGAACGUCAGAUAUGCAAAUUUUUCCGAGAAGGUUAUUGCAGAGAUGGCGACAAAUGCGCUUACUCUCAUGAUGCGGCAGAUUCGCAUCGGAAAGCUGAACUGUGCAAAUUUUAUCAACAAGGUUAUUGCAAGAAAAAUUUACAUUGUAAUUUACUUCAUGGAGAAUAUCCGUGUAAAGCUUUUCACAAAGGAGAGUGCACUAAAGACCAAUGUCAAUUUUCUCAUGAACCAUUAAAUGAUUUUACUCGUCCGAUAUUUGAACAGAUGUUAAAAGACGACGAAUUAGCAUCGCGGAUAGCUAUUCCGCAGGUGCCUUUGAAAAGACGUGUACUUUUGCCCGGAGGGCCAUCUAAUACCUCACCUGGCCAUCCUGAGGCAUCACCUAUUCUCAUCCCAUCAGCAACCACUUCUGAUGGCAUGCAAACUAAUUUGGUUCCACCUCCAGCAGUUGUAGUGCCAAAUUUGGGAACGCCAUCUGUUGCUGUUACUCAGGCACAACUGGUCCUGCCCCCUGGAAUGGCUGUCCCUCGUCAGCCUUUUCCACCUUUCUUUCCACGUCAUGUUAUUACUGGUCCUGGUAAUGCAGUGAUUGAUCCUCUUCUGGCUGCAUCUCUUACAAAUCUUCCAAUGCCUCCUCCUAUUGAUCCUGCGACAAUGGCGGCUGUGUCAGCUGCGGCUUCUGCUGCAGCUCCGUCUACAACAUCUCAAACAUCUGUAAGCUCUUUUUUUUUGCAGGAGACGGCGAAGGACGAUCUUAUUGAAGAUGACGAUGAUGGGGGUUUCAAUGUAAACAAGAUGCUGGAAAGAAUUACUUCUAAAGUCAAAGGCUUGGAUGAUUUAAAUGAUUCCCCAGCAAGUCCUCCGAUGUAUAAUGAUGGUGAUCAGGAAAAUAAGGAGGCGCCAACGAUUCCUAGUAGUUCAGCAAUUACGUGGAAGCUUCACCCGUUGGAUGACAUACCUUGUACAACUUCGAUUGAUCCAUCCAUCUUACAGAAAUCGCUAAACGACGCACGGUUGCGUAAUGACCCGCGGAUUAAGAAGUCUCUAGCAAAUCAGUUUGAUGCAUUCACCAACACUCUGAUAACUUCUUCUGCGCAAUCUUCACAACCGGGCGCCGCUGCUUCUUUGCCGCAACAAGUGACUUCAAGUGCUGUACAACAGGCUGGGACAGCAAGUGGGCCUGCUAAAGAAGGGGUCCUGAGUUCUGCUAAGCCUGUUGAUCCUCGCACGUCAAAUCGCGAUCCACGGAAGCGUUUAGGUGGCCAGCCAGAUAGGCGUCCUGCAGCCGAUCCUCGUUUAGCUGUUAUAAAACCAUAUGAAGCUUCGAGACCUAAUGACCAGGCAAAUGGUGCAGCGCAGAAUGCAUAUUUUAGUACUACGCCUACUACUUCAGUGGGUGUUGAGCAGCUUUAUUCUCCAGUUGUUCCCGAUGUAGAUGCUCAGGGCAGGGAUCAUCGCUUGUCACCACAUUAUCGCGGAUCGCCUCCGCGGCAAGAUGACCGGGGUUUCAAUGAUGCUCGUCGGGGGUCUUAUGGAAACAGUUGGAUGCCGCAACUUAACUCAUCGCAGGAGAUUCAUAACUUGGGAAGUAGGCCACCCGCUGGUAAUUUUGGGUCGGACUUUGGAAAUCAGGAUAGGGACGAAAGACAAAUGACAAGUGCUGUUGCAAGGCCAACUUCAAGUACUUCUCCCCCAAAAGCAAGUGAGAAUCCUGCACCUUUAAGUACUACAGGACCUCUUUCUCUGCGAGAAAAAAGGAAAAAUAAUGAAUACGAAAGCCCGCUCAGUAGGUUACGGUGGGGCCCGUAA